GGCAAUUUAAUGGUAAGAAAGUGAAAUAUGUAAAGAAUAUCAGUGAUAAUGUUAUGCAGGCAAGUAAAAAAGGAAGGUGAAAUAUUCUACCUAGAGAAAUAAUAGGAAUCCCAGAUUGUAUAUAAAUUCCGUAAUCCGAAACAUCCGGUAAGCUAAAUUCCCGAUGUUGAGGCUGAAGCCAGCUGGAAUUUUUAAGAAGGUGUGUGAAGCUAUUAAAGAUGUUACACACAAUGUGUAUUUCGAUUUAACCGAGAAGGGAUUAUUCAUGCGGUUUCUCCACUCGAGUUCGAGUGGAGCAGCGUGGGUGGAGAUGUUGCUCCUGUCGGAUUACCUGGAGGACUACCGAUCCGACCAUAAAGUGUCUAUGCCGAUGAACAUGAACAUUAACGACGUUUACGAAAUAUUUGACGGCGAUCACGAUGACUACAAUGGAGUUAUCGCCCUCAUGUCUAUUACUUCUGGCUUUCUUGCCUUCAAUUUUGAGGAUUCUAUUAUGUUCUCGAAUAUGCAUUCUGCCGAUGCUCCUCCCUUGUCCGUGCCUCCUGAGUAUCGUGACUUGGCAAAUCUAGAGUUUCAUGCUAGAGUUAAAAUGCCAGCACUCAAGUUUGAACAUAUUUGUGCAAAACUUGGCCUAAUUGAUAAAACAGUUCGGAUCUCUGUUAAGGAAGAUACAGUGGAAUUCUUAACAUACUGUUUCUCUAUAAUAGCAAGUGUUGUCUGCAAGCAGACUUCUAUAGACAAGGUUGAUUUCGCUUUCUUUUUUUACUACCAAUAUAUACUUGCUACUAUUAAUUUAUAACCUAGAAUAAUUUUUUAUUUGUCUUCUUCCAUGAAAUUUGUCAUAUGGCCACAGUCAGGAGAUGAGUUGAAGUGUGUAGAGAUACAAACGAUUAAGCCAGUGUCUUUGACCUUGGACGUUAAACAUCUGAAAUUAUCGACAAAGGCAACUCCAUUAUCAAAUACAACCACCCUAACCCUGUAUCCAGGGAAAGCCUUGGUGGUUGAGUACAACGUCGGAAAUAUUGGCUAUGCAAAGUACCACUUGCCGCACCAAGAAGACAAAACCGAAGAAGUCUAGUUUUUACAAACCAUGGCUAUUUUUU